AUUGCAUUAAGCUAUGCAGUUGCCGGCAGUGUAUUGAUCAGCAUGGCGAGCCGCAUCAUUUCUUUGCUUCUCCUACUCGGAAUCAUUUGUGCGGCUCUAAAUGCCGCCCAUCCGCACGACCUUAUUGAAGAUCCGGAAGGUACUGAUGAUGCUUUGGAGGACUCUGGCAGUGGAUACAACAGUGCCGAAGAGUUCAUGAAUGCAAUGGACGAGCUGGUCAGACGCUGGCAGGAGUACGAUGCAGCUCAUGAGAACUCAACCGACUAUCCAAGUCUGGAUUACGAUGAAACGACCUUGGAUUCUAUGGAUAUUACCACCGAACCGGCUACUUGAUAUUGCAAUAAUUGGUAGUGCUGUAAUGCUAAGUCAUGCUAUCCUAUUGUCUGUAAAUAACCUAGUUCUUCAAUAAUAAUUAUUAAGUGAAAUAAAAUAAAGUGUUUAGAUAGCUUUAGCUUUAUAUAAAAGAUCGAAA